GUCGUUUCUAUUUUUUCUGCUGCGGACCCCACAAAAGACGCUAGUACUACCACGAAAAUGACAUCUCCCUCACUGCUUGCUGUCUCUAACCCAACUUACUCCUUGAGAUACCGGUCAACCUCUCUUCUUUCCCCUCCUCCACCUCAUCACAUCCGAUCAUCCCCCGAGUAUCUCUCUACUGAAAACCCAUAUCAGCACCACCUACGCCACCACCGAUCUCAACCUCACUUUCCUAUCGUGUCCACUCUCGGCAGACCCGCCACCCCAAGACGACCUUCCGCUCUUGACCUCGACCAUGGUUCACGUCGACCCUCACAUAAUCAAGCCUUCGCUCCAUUCGCAUCUCCAUCCUCCUCUAAGAUCAUCUCUUCUUCCUCUCUACUACCUUCGUCGUCGUCAUCAAAUUCGCCACCAUCACCAUCACCGUCGCCACACUCGUCCGACAUCCUUCUGGAUCAUCAUCACGAAGACGUUCUAUACGCCCAUGGAUCGAUAUUGACCGCCUCGCCACCGCUCUCUCCCAUCGACCUCGACGCCGAUUCAAUUUCCGAUACGUACAGCGAAAAUAAUAAGUCUAGAGAUAGAGACCAGCAACAACAACAACAACAACGAAGACUUCGUCGAAGCUCGUUCGCGUUUAUCAGGGCGGCGGUGACACCGAGGAUCAAGCACGAACACGAGCAUCGGAGUCAGACCGCGGAGGCGCUCGAUAUGGAUUUUGCGUGCUGUGGACUUGUUGGAUUCAAUCACACUCACACUCACCACGAUCCACUGCCAGCCUCGUCAGAUGAAUUGCCGCAUUAUAGAUGUUGUGUGGAUGUUACGGUGCAACUUGAAGGCGCAGUGAUACAGAGGGAUGUGUUGGGAUUGGGGUUCGGGAUUGGCAUUGGCAUUGGGAUGGAAGGGGUAGAGGUCGGGUUAGAUUAUUCGGAUAAAGAGUCGAGUUCGGAAGAGACGAUGGGUGGUGGUACUCAUUGCGAUCCUAUGGGUUCCGGUCGUACACAGGAAAGGUGGACGAGGUCGUGGACGAGGUGGAAGGGGAAGACGUUUCCGGUGUUCAAGGGUCGGUCUGAGAGUGCUUUGGACGGAACUGGAAUGGGUGGAGAUGAGGAUGCGGCGAUGAUGGCGUGUAGACCUAAUGUUACGAAGAGGCGGUCGAAGAUGUGGUGUUUGGCGUCGUGGCGGGAGAUGGAGAAUGUGGGCUUGGGGCCGAAGGGCAGAGUUGUACAUCAUGGGCAGAGGAUGAGGGUUCAUCCAGACAGAACCACCGCCGAUCUUCGUUUCUCUCUGAACAGGACCGAGAUCGAUGUGAAGUUGAAGCUUCUUCGAGGUGGCGCAGACUGUGAUGGUGCUUUGAAAGGGACCGCUACAGUCAUGGGACAUGUUGCGGUGCCCCGAAAUCUUUGCAGCAGAGCCACUGUCCUUGAGGCCUCUACACAUUCUGGAGGGGCCCAGAGAGCGAAAGCAAGGCAAAGUGUGAUGAGGCUAGAAGGCCCUACAAACGCAAAAGGGCCCGAACCUGAAGUAUUGCAGAUUGACAUCGCGAACGGACGGGAUAGGAGAUCUAUGUCAGGAUCUGUGUAUCUGGCGAUUUUCGACGGAGAGGCACGAGCGAUGAAAAGACGGAUCAAGAGAGAGGGAUUUGUAGCCGGGAUCCAACGGAGGCAAGAUCGACCGGUUUUUGCCGUUGGGCAACCGUUGGGUGACUGUCGGAAAGCCCCUGUGGCGUGUACGGCAUGCGGUGUGCCUGACCAGCACCAAGAAAGAGAAGAGACAGAAGAGGCACGUCUGAUUGGGCAAGCCCGCGAGUACUGUAGAUGA